GUAUGUCAAUUGUACAGAUUCUGAACUGUCACUGUCACGGUAUCUUGCAGAUUAGACUACAAUUUUCAUUGACUUAUUAUACUUCUAGUAUGUAAAUGAAGAAGAAGAUUUUAGUUUAAAACAAUCAACGGCGGAAGGUGUUUCACUAGAAAAGACAACACACUCUACCUAAGCCGCUAAACAUGGAUCGGAUGUCUUAAAACAAUGACAUAUUUGUGCGUGAAUUUUGAUUGUGGAUAGGUCAAAAUUAUAGUGUUAACCUAAUCAAAAUUAUAACAUUUUGCUGAUACUAUUUUUAAUACAAAUUAACCUUCGUUUCUGAAUAAAGUUUUAUUAUCAAUCAAAUUAUCCCGAAGAGUAUAAUUAACAAAUUAAGUGAUACAAUUUUUGUACAUAUAAAGUGUUAGUUUAAAUUUAUAAUAGUCAAACACGCUUUAUUCAUAUUUCUUAGUUGUAAUAUAAGUGUUUCGAUUUGAAAUUUUCCAUUUCUUACAUAAUUUUGCAUCGAGAUAGUGCAAAAACGUGACUAAAUGUGCUAUUACGUUGAUUAAUGUCAAUUAUUUCGGGUGUUGCACUAUAUUAUUUUUAUUUACGAAUUUUGCAGUUCUUAAAAUAAAUACGCGCGUCGUUCACACUGUCGUGUGUUUCUUUUCAUUUUUGAAUAAUAUAGAUAUAUGUUAUGACCUAAUGGCACUUUACCGGUUCUUCGUACUGUCGCGUCAGUUUGUUUGUAAAUAAAACAGAGCUUUAACAAUAUCAAAAAAGCUCCCAUUAAAUUAGAAGAAGAUAUGGAUUAUCUUUUGGGUGGUACAGCUGCCAUGUGCGCUGGAUUAUUUAGUAAUCCGUUAGAUGUGAUAAAAACCCGCCAACAAUUACAAGGUGAACUCCAAACUACCAAAGAAACUAAACAACCCUAUAGAGGAGUCUAUCAAUCUAUUCGUUCCAUUAUCAAAGCCGAAGGAGUAUGGGGCCUACAAAAAGGUCUCGGAGCUGCUCUUACAUUUCAAUUUGUCCUCAACAGUUCCCGAUUGGGAUUUUAUCAAACCGUUGAAGACUGGAAUUGGACAAAAUUAGAUAAAGACAAAUCACAUCAUUCACCGCCUCUUUGCGUGUUUUGGGGUGGAGUAUCUGGUAUUCUAGGAUCAGCGCUGGGCUGUCCGUUUUAUAUGAUAAAAACUCAGUUGCAAGCACAAUCUGUCGGGAAAUAUGCUGUAGGCUAUCAGCAUCAUCAUAAGAACACAAUCUUUGCUCUGGUCAAUAUUGUCAAAGAACAAGGCUAUUUUGGAUUGUGGCGUGGUUUCUCGGGAAUCGUACCACGAACUGCUGUCGCAUCUUCUGCACAACUUGGAACUUUUUCAUCGUGCAAAGAUAUUCUUGUGCAGUAUGAAGUUUUUCAAAAUUCCUUUCUUUUGACGGCAAUGGGGGCGAGUAUGGUGAGUGGUUUCUUUGCUGUUGUUUGUAUGACACCUUUUGAUGUUGUUGCAACAAGAAUGUUUAAUCAAGGAGUUGAUAAAAAUGGAAAAGGACUUAUGUAUAAAAAUAUUUUCGAUUGUUUCGAAAAAACUUUCCGUUAUGAAGGCCUAAAAGGUCUGUAUAAAGGUUUUGUACCUAAUUAUUGGCGGAUGGCUCCACACACGAUACUUAAUUUAACAUUUUGGGAACAAUUUAAAAGAUGGAAAAAUAUUUACCUAGCCGAAGAAGGAGCUGUUUACUUUGAAUAAAUCAAAAUCAAUGUGGUGUUAAAAUGUGAACAUACAUAACUGUGCGGGUACAAAGUAUUGCAAUAAAGUUUAAGAAUAUUUUAGAA